GUCAGCGGCGCGUCACACCUCUGAUCCUGCAGCUGCCGCUCAUCUGCUCGUUUUAUCACACAAUAUUGCGUUAUUAAACUGUUAAAACAUGUCUACACAGGCCAGACGGAGACUCAUGAGGGACUUCAAGAGGCUUCAAGAAGACCCUCCGACCGGCGUGAGCGGCGCUCCUUCAGAAAACAACAUCAUGCUGUGGAACGCUGUCAUUUUUGGGCCUGUAGGAACUCCCUUUGAGGAUGGAACAUUUAAGCUGGUUAUUGAGUUCUCAGAAGAAUAUCCCAACAAGCCGCCGACGGUUCGCUUCGUCUCCAAAAUGUUUCACCCCAACGUGUAUGCGGAUGGCAGUAUAUGUUUAGACAUUCUCCAGAACCGCUGGAGUCCCACAUAUGACGUCUCCUCCAUCCUCACGUCCAUCCAGUCUCUGCUGGACGAGCCGAACCCGAACAGCCCAGCGAACAGUCAGGCAGCUCAACUUUACCAGGAGAAUAAACGUGAAUAUGAGAAGAGAGUUUCUGCUGUGGUGGAGCAGAGCUGGGUGGACUCAUAACACAUUAAACACACUCUCUCUCUCUCUCUGUGUGUGUGUGUGUGUGUGUGUGUGUGUUAGGGCUGCACUAUAUUGGACGAAUCUGACAUUGUGAUAUUUAGUUUUUCUGAUAUAUACAGUUAAAGUCAGAAUGAUUCACCCUCCUGCAAAUAUUUUUUCCAAUAUUCCCCAGAUGAUGUUUCUCAGAUUGAGGAAUUUCUCACAGUAUUUCCUCUAAUAUUGUUUCUUCUGGAGAAAGUCUUAUUUGUUUUAUUUCAGCUAGAAUAAAAGCAGUUUUUAAUAGUUUUAAAGCCAUUUUAAGGUCAAUAUUAUUAGCCCCCUUCAGCAAUAUUAGUGUUGGAUUGUCUCCAGAAUAAACCACUGUUAUACAAUGACUUGCCUAAUUACCCUAACUUUACCCUAAUUACCCUAGUGAAGCCUUUAAAUGUCACUUUAAGCUGAAUACUAGUGUCUUGAAGAAUAUCUAGUCUAAUAUUAUGUCCUGUCAUCAUGAUGAAGAGAAAAGACAUCAGUUAAUAGAGAUGAGUUAUUAACACUAUUAUGAUUAGAGAUGUGCUGGAGAAAUCUGCUCUCUAUUAAACAGAAUUUGGGGUGAAAAAGAUUCAGACUGAAACUGAUUAUAUGUAUAUGCAGUUCACCAGAUGACCUGAAACUGCUAUGUGAAUAGAGUAUUAUUAAGUUAAAUAGAUUGGGAUGAUUCUGUAGGGGAUUGAGUCAUGCAUAACAUGUAAUAAACAAAUGACAAGCAUAGAUAAAUCCAAACGAGCAGAGGAAAGUGAAAUAAGCAGUGCUUUAUGGUGACCAGGGCAGAGAAAUAAUAUUCAGGUUCAGAAUUUGAAUAAUUCAAUGUAAAAUAAGACUGCAAUAGUGUUUACUGUAUAAAUGAGUCAAUUAAAUGGUUCUUUAUUAAAGAUACAAAUGAUUUAAUGUCAUGUGCCUGAAUAUGUUGAACUGUGCCCUAAAAGGCUAAUCCUCAUGUUAUGGGUAAGCUCUGCAAUAACGACACACUUGCCAUGUGUUCUGGACUGUUUUCCUGGACAAUAUAAUCAUAACUCAACUCACAGAUCCUGCAGUGUGACUAUUGUAAAUGUGUGUAUUGCGGGAUCCAUGCUGAAACCAUAUAUUGUGCAGCCCUUGUGUGUGUGUGUGUGUGGGGCUUAUUUAUUUUUUUAAGUGCAUGGUAAGUUAUUGCUAACAACAUCUGAGACGUACCAUUGUUGGUUUGAGGAGUUAAAGAAAUGCAGAUUUAUUCCCUGAACAUCUUUAGAGAAGCGCUGUUAAAGGGACAGUACACCCUAAACAUCAAAACUCUCAUCGUUUACUCAUCCUUCACAUCUCUAUGAGUGAAAAACAAAUGCACGGAAGAUAUUUUGAGAAAUGUCAGAAACCUGUAACCAUUGGCUUCCAUUGUAUUUGUUUUUCUACUCUGGAAGUGAAUGGUUAGCUGUUUUCUGUAGUGUAGGAUGGUAAAGAUUCAAACCAUUGACUUCCUCAGUUUACUUCUUUAUUAUGCAGCAGGUUUAACAAUAAACAUGAGAAUAAAGAACCAAAACAAAGGCAGAAAUUGGGAUUAUAUGUAUAUGAGGCAUUGAUUGUCAUUGGUAUUAGAUGUCUCUAAAUCCUGAUUAUGCAUUGAGUUCAAUAAUGAUUCUUUGGUAUAAUAAUUGAAUAAUUAAUGGAAGAUGGUAGAAGACAAUUCAUAUAAUAUGUAUAUUAAAAUAAAGGGAAUAAAUAAAAAAGGGACAGAAAAUAAGAAUAAAGGUGAAAGAUUACAAAAGAAAUAAAUAUUUAUAUGUAAUAGACAGAUUAAUUUAGUAAUAAGUGGAGGUUGGUAUAAGACGACUCCUUCAGUAUAAUUAAUGUAUAAUACAGUAAUGUGUGUAAUAAUUAAACAGAGCAAAGAUUAUGGAGAGAUCCUUUGAAAAGGAGAUAUUUUUAAAAAUGCUGAAAACAUGUAACCAUUGACUUCUGUACAAGGAAAAACAAAUACUGUGGAAGUCAAUGCUUGCACAUUUCCAACAUUCUUCAAAAUAUCUUCUUUUGUGUUCAACAGAAGAAACUGACACGAGUAAAGAGUGAGUAAAUGAUGACAACUCUCAUUUCAGUGUGAACUAACCCUUUGGUAUAAGACAACUCCUUCAGUAUAAAUAAUAUAAAGGAUAUAAAGUAAAAAGGAGAGAAAACUGCAGAGAAGGAAGAAAUAAGAAUAAAUUAAGGAGAAAAAGAAAAUGUAUGUAAUAAUUAAACAGAGCAAAGAUUAUGGAGAGAAAAGAGAUAUUAUAAAUAGAAGAUAUUUGAAGAAAUGUUGGAAACCUGUAACCAUUGACUAUACAAUUACGAUGGAAGUCAGUGGUUACAGGUUUCCAACAUUCUUCAAAAUAUCUUCUUUUGUUCAACAGAAGAAACUGACACAAGUGAAGAGUGAGUAAAUGAUGACAACUCUCAUUUCAGUGUGAUCUAACCCUUUACUGUAAGUGAAAACAGCAGCUCCUGAUGAUGAUGAUGAUCCCGUCUGCUCUGGGAAUCUUCAUCUUUCUCUAAUAAUCUGUAUUUGACUAUAUUCUUCUGCUCGGUGUGUUUAAGUAAAGGACGGCGGUGUUGAGGGAUCUUUCCAGAGUUACUUUUGGUGAAUUUAUCAUAAGACAUUUAUACUUCUGAUAUGCUGUAUACAAAACAGAUAUAAUAAAUCAUUUUUCAGACACGCA